GUCGAGCCGCCAGUGUCCAGGAAGGUCACUGAAGGCUGCCUCAGCAAUUCGGACGAUCAAGUGCAGGUGAAGGACUUCCUGAACUCCAUGUGCUCGGCACAGGGACUCAGUGAUCGCUCCUGCAGGUUGUACGGUCCGUUCUAUGGAGUCUACAGCCACACGGCAGAGGACCUUUUUGGCUACCAUUCAGCGAAGGAGAAGGAGCAGUGCGAUGCCAUUCUUGAGAAGAAUUUGGAGGAGGCAGCGGAGGAAGAAGUUGAAGCGACCACUACGCCGGCACCGCCCAAACGGAGGAAGAAAGGCAAGAAGGGGAGCAAAGGCAAGAAAGGCAGGAAGGGCAAAAAGUCCUCUCUGCUAGAGGAAGGGCAAGAACAGGAGCAAGAGGACCAAGAAGGGCAGGAGCAGGAGGACGAAGGAGGGCAAGAGCAGGAGGAUGAGCAGGAGGACCAGCAGGAAGACGAGCAGGAGGAUUCCGCCUUGGACGAUGAGGAUGAGGGUGAUACAGAGUGCGCCGAACCGCAGGCGACAGCUUUCAAGGGGCAGCUGAACCGGGCUAUGGCGGUAUGCAGAGGGGUGUCAGAGUAG